AUGCACAUCAAGCAGAUAAUUAUUCAGGGCUUCAAAAGCUACAAGGACCAGACCGUCAUCGAGCCCUUUUCUCCAGGGACCAAUGUCAUCGUCGGCCGAAACGGCUCAGGCAAGAGUAAUUUCUUUGCCGCUAUCCGGUUUGUUCUCAGCGAUGCCUACACAAACAUGAGCCGCGAGGAGCGGCAGGCCCUACUUCACGAGGGCUCCGGCUCCGCAGUCAUGUCCGCGUACGUCGAGAUCAUCUUCGACAACGCCGACAAGCGCUUCAGCGAGCCCGGUGACGAGGUGGUGAUCCGCCGGACAAUCGGCCUCAAGAAAGACGAGUAUUCGGUGGAUAGGAAGGUUCAGACUCGGGCAGAUGUUCUGAAGAUCCUCGAGACGGCCGGCUUUGCAAAGGAGAACCCCUUCUACAUUGUCCCCCAAGGCCGCAUUGCCGCCAUAACGAACAUGAAGGAGUCCGAGAGGUUGAACCUCCUCAAGGAGAUUGCGGGAACCAACACGUACGACGAUCGCAGGAUACAGUCGCUCAAGAUCAUGGCCGAGACCAACAGCAAACGGGACAAGAUCGACGAGACACUGGCCUACAUCAAGGAGCGCCUGGCCGAGCUGGAGGAGGAGAAGGAUGAGCUGCGCGACUUCCAGGACAAGGACAGGGAACGGAGGUGUCUCGAGUAUGCGCACUGGCAUCGCCUGCAGGCGGCCAAUGCCGAAACCCUGGAGCAGCUAGAGGAAUCGAGGCAAGGAGGUGCCGGCGCCACGAGCAAAGACCGCGCGCAGCUUCAAAAGACAGAAAAGGAGAUUGGCGUGCUGGACCAGAAGACCCACGAGCUAAAGCAAAACCUGGAAUUGCUCUCUAUGGAGAGGCGACAGCUCGACGAAGACCGCAAAGACGCCGCAAGGGCACGCGCCAAGGCAGAGCUGAAGGCAAAAAACCUGGAUGAGACGAGGUAUGUACACGAACAAGCGCGGCAGAAGCAGGAGGCAGACUUGCAGGAGGUGAGGCGGAAAAUCCAGGCUGCCGAGUCCGACCUCUCCAAGAUCAUGCCAGAGUACGAGAAAUGGAAGAACGAAGAAGCGCAUAUCAGGAUGCAGCGGGACGAUGCGGUGGCCGGAAAGAACCGUCUCCUUACCAAGCAGACCCGGAGUUCCCAAUUCAAAACGAAAGCGGAGCGUGACAACUACCUCAAGCAAGAGAUUGACGACGCCACAACCUCUCUGGGCGUGCAGAAGGCCAAUGCCAUGGAUGCACAGGAGCAGGUCAAGUCGGUGGAGGCCUCGAUUGCCCAGCUCGAGAAGGCCAUUCAGGAGAUUCGUCAUAACAUUGAAGGCUACGGCGGGAACCGGGUCGCCCUUGCUGAGAAGCUCACCAAGGCUCAAGAGGCCCGCGAGCAGCUGCAUGAGGAGCGGAAGAGGCUCCGCCGCGAGGAGGACAAACUCGGCUCCCUUCUCUCGAAUACUCGGGGAGAGAGGGACCAAGCCGAGUCUUCGCUUUCACAGUCUAUGGACUCGGCCACCGCCAAGGGCCUUGCAACCAUUAGGCGGUUGAAGCGGGAAAGGGAUAUUCCCGGUGCCUACGGCACUCUGGCAGAAUUGAUGAGCGUGCCAGUCGAAGCCUACAAGUUGCCAGUCGAGCAGGUGGCUGGCAACAGCCUUUUUCAUUACGUCGUUGACAACGACAAGACGGCAACCAUGCUUUCGGACCAUCUCUACAAGACGUACGGCGGGCGGCUCACAUUCAUGCCUCUCGAGCAAUUACGGCCGAGGCAGGUUAAGAUGCCUAGAGCGUCGGACGCUCAACCACUCAUCAGCAAGAUUGAGUAUGAGCCAGAGUAUGAGAAGGCGUUCCAACAGGUAUUUGGCCGCACCAUCGUCUGCCCCAAUCUUACUAUUGCCUCCCAGUAUGCCCGGUCCCACGGUUUGGACGCCAUCACACCAGAGGGCGACACAACCAACAAGCGGGGCGCCAUGACUGGAGGCUAUGUGGACGCCAGGAGGUCUCGCCUCGAUGCUGUGCAAAGAGUCAGCAAAAUGCGCGAUUUGUACGAAGAGCAGCUGGCCGACCUUGACAAGAUCCGAAAAGAGAUCGAAGUCAUCGAUCAGAAGGUUACGGGUGCCAGCGGCGAAGAGCACAAGCUCGAGCAGCAGAUGCGCCAGUUGGAGAUGGGCUUUGAGCCGCUGAAGCUGGAGUUCCGGACAAAGAAUGCGCAGCUUGAGCGCGAACGAGCUCAUCUUGAGGCGGCCCUGGAACGACAGGCCCAGGUAGAGAAGAACCUAAAAGAGUUGGACGACUCUAUCUCGACCUACCAGACCGAGCUCUCCCAAGAUUUCAAGAAGGCCUUGUCGGCAAGCGAGGAGCGCCAGCUCGAGGAGUUCACGGCCGAAGUACAUAGGCUGCAGCGCGAACUAAAGGACGUGAGCAAGAAGCGGUUUGAGCUGGAAGGCCACAAGAAGCUUUUAGAGACGGAGCUACAGAGCCAUCUCCGGCCACAGGAGGAUCAACUUCGAAGCCAGGCCUUUGAGAACUCGGCAACUAGCGGCGGCGAGAACUACAAGGAUGCCCAAAGGGAGCUCAAGAAGGCACAGAAAGCCCUGGCUGAACUCGAAAAACAAUUGCAGGACAAUGAGCAAAAGGCAGACAAGGUCAGCGGCGAACUCGCACAGUUCGAGGCUCAGAGGAGCCAAAAGGAACAGGAGCUGCAAGAGUUGCAGAAGCGCAUCGACCAGCACCAAAAGAAGAUGGAGAAGAACAUUCAGAUGAGAGCCCGCCUUGUCAGCCAGGCGGCCGAGUAUGCGAAGAACAUCCGGGAUCUGGGUAUCCUGCCAGAAGAGGCCUUUGGCAAGUACGAGAAGAUGAAGCCGGAGCAGAUUGAGUCGAGGCUGCGGAAGGUCAAUGAAGCCCUCAAGAAGUACAAGCACAUCAACAAGAAGGCGUUCGACCAGUACAACAGCUUCACGACCCAGCGGGACCAGCUCCUUAAGCGGCGGAAGGAGCUCGACACAUCACAGAAGUCAAUCGAAGCGCUAAUCGAGCACCUCGACCAGGAGAAGGACGAGGCGAUUGAGCGGACGUUCAAGCAGGUCUCGCGGGAGUUUGCGACCAUAUUCGAGAAGCUGGUCCCCGCCGGCCAUGGCCGUCUCGUAAUCCAGCGCAAGGCGGACCGUGGCAAAAAGGGCAACAACCCCGCGGAGGAGUCGGACGAGGAGCCGACGGGCGUGGAGAGCUACACGGGCGUUGGAAUCAGCGUCUCGUUCAACUCCAAGGUCAUGGACGAGCAGCAGAAGAUUCAGCAGCUCAGCGGCGGGCAAAAGAGCCUGUGCGCCCUCUGCCUCAUCUUCGCGCUGCAGGCGGCCGAGUCGAGCCCGUUCGUCAUCUUUGACGAGGUUGACGCCAAUUUGGACGCACAGUACCGCACGGCGGUCGCCAGUCUGCUCAAGAGCAUCUCGCGGGAGCAGGGGACGCAGUUCAUCUGCACCACGUUCCGCCCGGAGAUUGUGCAUGUCGCGGACAAGUGCUAUGGCGUCACGUUCCACAAUAAGACGAGCACGAUUGACUGCGUACCGACCGAGGAGGCGCUGAAUUUUGUCGAGGGGCAGAAGAAGUGA